AUGUCCAGACUUGCCGGCUCCGCGAUUGCGCAGGGACCAAAUGUUGGCCGAAUCGAUCGGUGGUCAAAGUGGAAACCAACGGAUGAAAGCACACUUUGGUUAUUGCUGUCAGGUGCCUCGAAUCCACCAGAAAAUAUCGAAAUUUCUAAACGAAGACCAAGAGAUGACCCUGGAGAUGGGAAUGGCGCCUUUCUUGAUGGUGUUACUCAUGAUUUAGCUAACAUGGAGUAUUUGGUUAGAUCAAAGCUGUAUAACACAGUCAAAGAUCUCUAUCUAACCAAAGACAGAGCCUUUGAACAUAUUACCAAACUUUUUAAAAUCUGCAAGGAUAAGGAAGCCGUACCCAUGUUGUACUACACUGGGCAUGGCGAGACUGGUACUGGCAACUGGUGUUUUGCUAAUGGGACAAUUAGUAUCGAAGAAAUUUCGAACCUGCUGCCAGUAGACUGUUUCUACCCAAUGAUCUUCAGCGAUGCAUGCUAUAGUGGACACUGGGCAAAUUUUUGUCUCAACAACGGAAUUGAAGGUUUUGAAUGUCUUGCAGCGUGUCCGGAAUACUCAAACGCCUUUGAUACGGCAGGUGUGUUAAUUGUACAUAAUUCCACUUCUUUAAGGGACCAAAAUGGGUUUAAUCCUAACUGUCCCUUUCAAUAAGUGCCUAUCAAAAUUCUGAUGAAAGUUGACUAUUUUGUACCUGUAUUGCAAAACUGCGAAUGUGGAAUGUGCGUAUUAGUUACUGUAAUUUAUUUAUUAAUUUUUUGCUCUACGUCUCAAGGUUCUUCAAUCGGUGAAUAUUUUUAUAAAUUUUACACAUUUCUUCAAUUUCCUCUUGUAACCUUGCUAAUUAUUUGCAUGGUCUUUUAUUACAAGUGAUUAAUUUAUAAGGCGGGUGCCCUUGUGUGCUCCUUUUUUGUGGCAUCCAAGAUCGUACGAUAAUUAUAUUCCGCUGAUGGGUAAUUCGGCAGUGAAUAUACUGUCUUUUCACUUUUUGCUUUGAGAUUAAGACCAAAGUUAAGGUGAUAUUGUUAAAGUAAUUAUAUUGAAAUUUUUGAAAAAUUAUUGAAAACUCUAGCGAGUAAUUAACAAAAUAUGAAACCACAUGUAUUAAUGGUAAACUCUCAAACUGAGCUUGGGCCGCCUGCGCAUAUAUAUGUAUACAACUCAGUUUACAGUUAUAAAAAGGAGAAUAUCCCUAAAAUGGGAAUUAAGUUUCCCGUUAAAUCUUUGUAUCGAUAAAUCCUAAAUACUAAAUUGGUACAUAAAAAGACGAUUAUCCCCCUACCACCAUGUUUGUCGGUGAAAGUGGGUGAUGUUUAUGUUAUUGGGUUAAACAGAACAUUAGGGUGCGUUUCAAAGAAUAUAAUAUAUUUCGCAAUUGAUACACGAAUAGUCUGUUUUUCCUAUUUCAGCCCUCUCUUUUCUGUAAGGGUUUCCGGCCUAAAAGCGGGGAAGAAAAAUAUAAAAAAAAGGUUUGUUUAGCUUAUCUAGGUAGUUUACAGGCAAUCCACUCCAAUAAUUCUGAAACAAAUAAUGCAAAUAGAACAUUCUAGGGUGAGGAAUGGAAUAGUAUCCCGCCCAGUACACCCGAGUGUUCAAUAUUAAUUAAAAUUGUCAUAUUUAUCAUUUUUUGUCAUACUUAGGUGAAGGUGGGGAUUUGACUCUGUUUAUGACCGGAAAGAAACCACGCCCAGAUACAGAACCAAUG